UUCCAAGCCGAAAUGAACCACAUUCUACGACCACUUUUGGACGAGUGCGUGGUGGUGUACCUGGACGACAUCCUCAUCUACUCACACGACAUGAAGCAGCACGUCGAACACCUGCGACGCGUCUUCGAAAUUCUUCGACGAGAACGAUUCUACAUCAAACUGUCCAAGAGCGAAUUCGCCCUUGAGAAGGUCCAGCUCCUAGGACACAUGGUGAGCGCUCAAGGAGUACGCGUCGACCCCAAGAAAAUCGAAGCCGUACGUACGUGGAAGACACCCGAGAACGUGAAGGAGUUGCAGCAGUUCCUAGGCUUCGCUAAUUACUAUAACUGCACGCACCGAGGAGACAGCACAAAUAUUCCAACCACACUUAUCUCCGACCGAGACCCCAAGUUCACCAGCAAGUUCUGGAAGGAACUCAUGUCUCCGCUCGGGACCAAACUCGCCAUGUCAUCCGCUUACCAUCCGCAGACAGACGGACAGACCGAGCGCCUCAACCAGAUUGUCGAGCAACUCCUUCGAGCAGCCUGCAAGGACGAAAUCUCCAAAUGGGACUUGCACCUGCCCGUUCUAGAGUUUGCUUACAACAACGCUACACAUGCCGCUACUGGACAGACACCGUUCUUCCUCUGCUACGGACGCCACCCACUCACACCACAGAAAUCGACGACAUCCGCUACAGUCCAACCUGCACAUGAUUUCAUCACAACCAUGCAUCAGCUUCGGGAUCGGACCCACAAGCGCCUCCUCGACAUUCAGCAGCAACAAAAGCGCCAGGCCGAUCGCCAUCGCAACGACCACACCAUCACAGUGACAGACCAGGUGCUUCUUGACACCCGCAACCUGGACAUCAGCCACCUCCCAUCUAAACUUCGACCUCGCUUCUGCGGGCCUUUCCUCGUUGAAGCACAGCUCACUCCUGUUACCUUCCGCUUAUGCCUGCCAACUACCUGGAAGAUUCACAACACCUUCUAUGUCCAACUUCUGAAGCCCUAUCGGGAUCCAAACACGAUCUUCGUCGGACGCCAACCGCCGCCGCCGCCGCCCGUCGUCAUCCAGAAUGAACCCGAGUACGAGGUCGAGUCUGUGCUUGCACACCGCCGUCGUCGGAAUGGCACCGUGGAGCUUCUCAUCCGUUGGAAGGGUUAUGAUCCUUCUGAGGACAGCUGGGUACCUGAGUCCGGCAUGGGUAAUGCCCGUCGUCCUCUGCAUGACUACCUUGUCAAGCAGGGUGUUACUUCUACCACCCAGCUUUGAGGAGGGGAAGUGUGAGAGUACG